AUGGAUGAAGACUACCAGAACGAAGACUACCAGAAUGACAGUGCUUCAGAGAAACUUUCCCAUGCUUGGGAACUGCAGCGUCAGAACUUGCAUGGACAGUGCCAACUGAAGUGGGUCACUUUGGCCUGCCCCAUCACAAGGUUGACCCUCAUCUCCAAUACAUUUGCAAAAGCAUCACCGUUUGCAUUCAGGAAUGACAAAUGGCGCGCCCCUGGCAAAAAACCCUUCAUCGUCUUCUCUGUGCUGCUUCUCCUUUCGCUGAUGGUGGUGGUGGCUGCUCUUGCGCUGGUGUGCCAUAGAUAUGGCUGGGAGAAGUACCAUGAUAAAUGCUACUAUUACAAUACAGAAGUGAAAGAGUGGGGUGAGGCCCGAAGUAGCUGCCAGCAGCAGGGAGCCGAUCUCAUGGUGAUUGACCAUGAAAAGGAACAGGCUCUGAGGUGGUGCACCAAGAUGAAGAAUCAAACAUACGCGAAAGAAUUUAUUCUGACAGGUUUUUCCAGUUUUCCAGAAAUGCAGGCAGUUUUGUUUACUCUGUUUUUGUUCAUAUAUAGCCUAACUGGAAAUCUGCUAAUCAUUUCAGUCACUGGGUCCUUUCACAGUCCUUUCUUCCUUUUCAUUUUGUCUUUUUCUGAAACCUGUUACAGUUUAGUUAUUAUCCUUAAGAGGCUGGCUGAUUUGCUAACAACAAGCAAAAAGAUCUCUUUUGCAGGAUGUAUGGCACAGAUGUUUUUCUUUCUUGGACUGGGUGAAACAAAGUGCAUCAUUCUUACAGUAAUGGGGGAGGAUGACCUCCUUCUAGCAAUACGCUACCCUUUGCACUAUCCAAUCCUUAUGAACUUGCAGGAACUUCUUUGGCUUGUACAUGUUGCAUGCGCAGGAGGGUUUCUCAUAUCCCUAACACAAACAGCUCUGAUUUUGGGACUGCCCUUCUGUGGCUCCAGCACAGUCAGCCACUUCUUCUGUCUCAUGAGGACACUGGCCAGGCUAGCUUGGACAGAUGGCCACACCAUCGGAGUGGUGAUCUCUUCCAUCUCUACUGUGGGCUUGGCCAGCAGGUUGCUCUUCAUCAUGUUGGCUGUUUUCAUCUUCUCCACCAUCCUGUGCAUCCCCUCCACAGAAGGCCCCCAGAAAGCCUUCUCCACUUGCGCUGCCCAUCACAUCGUGGUGAUUGUGCAUUAUGGGUUUGCAUCCUUCAUCUAUUUUAAAUCCCAAACUGCAAAUCCAUUAGGUAAUGAUACGUUGCUGUCCAUACCCCACACAGUAGUUACCCCAUUUCUCAGUCCCAUGAUACCUACCUUGAGAAACAAGGAGAGCAAAGGAGAUCAAAGACUUUUGCUCUAA